AUGGCAAAAAAUAACCUUAUUGUUUAUUAUUUUACAGGGCCCUGUGAUGCAAGUCCUUGUAUCGGAGAGAGUACCUGUGAUGCACGGUUUGACGGCACAUAUGUUUGCCUCUGCCGGCCUGGACUGGUUUACGAUCAAAUAAGCGGCUGCGUUCAAACAAAGAUCUUCCCCGGAGCUUUAACAUUGUCCGAUAUGUUUAAACCAGAAAUGACUGACAGGAAGUCCGAGGAGUUUCAAAUUAUAUCAAAUAGAAUAGAGAAAGAGGUAAGAGACUCAUUGCUUUGUAAUUUUUCAAUCCAAAUACAGCUCAGUACAGUCCUUGAUGGCAAUGGCUACAUACGUUCCAUCGUUUUGAGUCUAAGGCAAGGCAGUAUAAUUGCAGAAGUGCAGAAUUUCUAUGACAUGUCAUCCACUGUCACAAAAGAACUGGUUGAAUCUCAGAUUGAGGAAGCAAUUCUUGAAAAGAAAAUAUCAGGCGCCACCGAAUUCAAAGAAAACUCAGUGUGUGAUCUUGGAGCUUGUGACAAUACCACCACAAACUGUGAGGAACUGGUUAGUGGUGUUGCAAUGUGCACUUGCAAAGAAGGAUAUGUCAGAUCACAGUCCACAUCUCCGGCCUGCCUUGCUUGUCCAAAUGGGGAAAAGGCAGUGGAUUCAAAAAUCUGUGAAAAAUGUCCUUUUGGCUUCGCUGGGUUCAACUGCAGUGAUCCAUAUCUUUUGGUGGUGAUCGUGGUGUCCACUGUGUUGGGUGCAUUGCUUAUCAUCUUUAUUGUGGCCCUGAUAGUUGUAAGCUUCAGGAAUCAGAAGGAAGACUCCUCAUCUGAGGUAGACUUUAGCUCAAGCUAUGGAAAUAAGGAAUUGCAUAAACCUACAGGGAUUCCCAGGAUCCCUCGGGCCAACCCUGAUGAUGGCUGGAAGUCUAACAAUCUGGAGAUGACCAAUAGUGGAAGAAAUCAGGCACUGGUUGUCAGAGAUCGGCCAGAAAGCAAAGCGCGCUACACUGAUUUCGAUGAGGACAUGAGCUAUAGGGGUCCCUCAGCGUACUCGGUCUACAGUGGGAGAGGAGUGGACAACGGUGGUGUCCACAACCCAUCCUUUCGACAAGAUGAUGACAGAACGCGCAGAUACUAAGUGCUUAGAAAAGCGAUGAAUGAAUUAAUGAAUUAAAAUUAUAGUUAACACCAAUUAACCAGGGCAGUUAGAUGAUUUUUCGGUAACACUUUAGAAUAAGGUUCCAUUAGUUAAUGUUAGUUAAC